GAAGGGAUACCUUUGGUACCUGGCGUUGUGACAUCAAACAAUCAGGGAGAGCACAGUAACAGACCUGGAAAGAGCCAGCGGCCCCUACCCCACCAACCCAUGUCCCCACACCAGCCCCACGUUCCACUGGCACUGAGUGAUAUUCACUGCUCUAGCUUGUAUUUCCUAGUGCAAAGCUUUGAAAUGUGAAGGAAGGAGAAGAGAGAAAACCACAUCCUUUGUACUCCUCUAUAUAGAGUGAGCAAGUUGAGAACCAAAACUAGAUGUUCCUGUUGAUUGAUGUGGGGACAUCUGCCUACCACAAUGAGAAACUGCUAUGUACUUCUGGCACCUUUUCUCUUGACUGUCAUUUUUCUUCUGUUAAUUCCUGAAGGUGGCUGUGUAAGAAUUAUUGGAGGAAAUGAAGUGAUUCCUCAUUCAAGACCCUACAUGGUUCUACUUAAACUCAACAAAGAAGACAUCUGUGCUGGUGCUUUGAUUGAGGAAAACUGGGUGUUGACUGCAGCCCACUGUGUCCUGAACAGAAACUCCCAGGUCAUUCUUGGGGCUCACUCAAGAAUCAAGAAUGAGCCAGAAAAACAGAUAAUGUCCAUUAAGAGAGUGUUUUCUCAUCCAUGUUAUGACCCAAGCACAUUUGAAAAUGACCUUCAACUGCUUCAGCUGAACAAAAAAGCAAUAAUUAACAAAAAUGUGGCUACCCUUCAACUGCCUAAAAAAGGAGAUGAUAUAGAACCAGAAACUAUAUGUCAAGUUGCAGGGUGGGGAGUGAUUUCCAAUAAAUCACCUCCUUCAAAUACUCUGAGAGAAGUCAACGUCACCAUCAUAGAUAGAAAAACCUGCAAUGAUCCACAGCACUAUAAUUUUAAUCCUGUAAUUGGAAUGAAUAUGAUUUGUGCUGGAAGCCCUCAUGGUGGAAAAGACUCAUGCAAUGGAGAUUCUGGAAGCCCUUUGCUGUGUAAGGGUCAUUUCCGAGGCAUCACUUCUUUUGGCUCUAAAGGGAGAUGUGGAGACCCCCGGGCACCUGGUGUCUACAUACGUCUCUCACAAAAAUACCUCAGCUGGAUAAUUAAAACUAUGAAAGGGCAGUUUAGAUAACUGUAUUUCACUUCUUGUCA